AUGAGCUCGCUACUUUCACUAGUGCUAUCCUGUGUACCCUGUGUACCCUGUUUCCCCUCCUUGUCAACACCAACCAUCUACAUCAACAAUGCUCAGUUCCAAAUCAUCCGAUUACUAGGCGAAGGAGGCUUCUCCUACGUCUACCUAGUGCACCAAACAUCAUCGCAAGCACCUUAUGCCUUGAAAAAGAUCAGUUGUCCCUUUGGCACCAGAGACGAAACCUACAAGAACGCCAUUCGCGAAAUCAAAAACUACCACAGAUUCACCCCUUCCAAGACCCCCUAUGUGAUUCAGUCGAUUGACGAAAAUAUCGUCACCAACCCCGAUGGGCUGAGACAGAUAUACAUCUUGCUUCCCUAUUUCACCCGCUCGCUCCAGGAUAUCAUCAACGAAGCAGUGUUGAAUAAUCUGAAGUUGGAAGAGCGCGAGAUCCUCAAGGUGUUUUUGGGCGUGUGUCGUGGCCUCGACGUGAUGCAUAAUUAUAAAACCACUGCGUCAACCGUGGGACGGUUCGACCGUGGAGGAGAGGAAGACGAUGAAGAAGACGACGACGAUGGUGGUGGUGGUGGUGGAGGAGGAGAAGAUGACCCCUUGCUUAAUCCAACUGACACCGAGGCCAACUCCGAGCUCGCUAGUGCUUCCGCCACCGAGAUGUCGGAAUUGGUGCCCUAUGCCCACCACGAUUUGAAACCCGCCAACGUCAUGAUCUCAGCCGAAGGGUUGGCGGUGUUGGUGGACUUGGGCUCUUGUUCGCGUGCACGAAUACACGUUACAACGCGACAGCAAGCGUUGACCCUCACUGAUUUCGCUCAGGAACACUGCACUUUGCCCUACCGUGCACCGGAGUUGAUGGACGUUGAAACCGGCAGCUAUGUGACUGAAGCCACGGAUAUUUGGUCGUUGGGCUGCUUGCUCUACUCUUGUUGCUUUGGCUACUCGCCUUUUGAGAAAUUGGAAGCUGACCAAGGCGCCAAUUUGAACUUGGCCAUUGCGAGAGGCAAGUAUCUGAUACCGGAAAACCAGAACGGCUACAGCGAGGACUUGAUUGACAUCAUUCGCAAGUGUCUACAGUUGAAACCGGAGAAACGGCCCACGACGAAGGAAUUGAUUGAAACUGCCCUUGAACUAAGUAGGAAAGUGGGGGUUUAA